AUGCCGGAACAAAUCAAAACCCUAAUUAAAUUCACGACUUUUUCGAAACAACAAAACUCCCUCAUUCAAUUCACUGCAACACGAUCUUCGUUCUAUUCUACUGAUUUGGAAAUAAUCGAACGAGAAUUCUACAGAAAUCUAUUCAAUACGAUGACAAAAAGGCGUAAAACAAUAGAAUUUGGAAAAAAAUCGACAGAUAAUUCAAUUGAUGAAGGAAUGGCGACGAAUAUUUCAGCUGAAGAAGCUCAAUUCACAACGAUCAAAACUACAUCUGAAAAAGAACAAACAUUGAAGAGGAUGAUUUCAACAGACGAAUCUGAACCUACAAACAAAACAACCGUCAUCAAAAAAGGUAAAACCCUAAAUACAGUAUAA